AAUUAACUUAGUUAUAUUAUGUUCCUGUUUCGCCCCAUCAAUGAAUGUAUCGUAAAAAAAAUAAAAAAAAAUAAUGUUAAAUUGAAUAAUUGGAAAAAUGUCCAGACAACAGUUGCAACAAACUUUGUUUGCUCCUAAUGAUGAAAGGCUUAUUACCAUGAUUUCUGUUGCAAAAAUGCCUCGAAAGACUAAUCUGAAAAAGAGAAGCAGUUUACUCUGUGCAGUGUUGAACACAAUGGAGAGUCCUGCAAAGGUCUAUAUAUAUCACCUAAAGAAAACAGAUCGUGUGGAUGGAUACAAGAAAAAAAUGUCAUGGCUUUUAAGAGAUUUGAAGACACUGGAUGGAAAAUCUGCAGAAAAACCCACCACUGAAUUUGAUCUUCACUUUUUUGAGAAAACUUUUAAAUGGUCAGCGUCAACUUUAGAGGAAAAAGAAAGUUUUAUUUCAUCUUUGUGGAGACUUAGCCACAGAUUUCUUAUGCAGAGGCCAGAAUUUAUAAAUGUUCAAGAGAAUUUACUUGAAGAUAUCAAGGAUCCUCAUACGAUGAGGGAAAAGUCUCAAUCUGUUGAUGACAUCUCCAUGGAAGCUGAAGAUUACCAAGCUAUAUCUCCCAAAGAAGAGUCUGACCUUGAACUUCUAAUGUCUGAGUGUCAGAUGGCUAUAAGUAAUGCGGAAUUAUUCACUGAGCAAUUAUCCAAGCAGUUAUCUGUCUUGGAUGGGGCCAAUAUCCACUCGAUUAUGGGAUCAGAAGAUCAAGUUUUAAACUUGAUGCGCUUGUUGGAUGAUGGCAUCAAAGAGGCUGAACAGAUUGAGGAGAAGUUAGAUUCAUAUGAUAAAAUUUUGGCUAAUGUGAAAGAGCAGAUGGAAGUGAUGAGAGAAAAGGAUUCAUUGAUGACUGUCAGGAACAGAAACCAUCAAAGGCUUUUAGAAGAGUUGCAGAACCUAGUGAAUCAGCUUGACCUUGACCUGACUCACAUGCAAGUACUUAUGGAUGGAGAUUUUUCCAAUGCUACGAAAAUUGCUGAAUGUACCAUAGCUGCUCAAGCUUUACAUCGUUGCAUGAAUGCCAACAUACACCCAUCAUUAUUAAGAAUGGGGGCUGUAGAGGAGCAGCAGAAGAGGUUCAAGAAAAUAUCUGCCAACUUCUCUAAGACUUUGAUUCAUCAUUUGAACAAUUUGUUUAUACAAGAGGUGGACUAUUUACUUUUUGGCCCUCCUGAGCCUCCAGAAGAAGAGGGUGAAUCUGACCCAGUUGUAGGUAAUGAGAUUGGAACCCUGAGCAGAACCACUCCUGAAAACAAACUUCCUCAUCAUAAUCGACUCCAUACUACACUAGUCCAAUUUGCUGACCUGAUGUUGUGGCUCAAAAGUUGCAAUGAAUCAGUUUUUCAAGAGCUCUCAAAUGUUUAUACAAAGAGUAUCAGUAAAGUGUAUAGCAAGGAGAUUUCUGAAUUUCUGGAACAAAAUAAACAAAAGUUGGUCAAUGCCAAGGAAACUAAAACUAAACAUGCUGCCCUCUCUCGACUGACAGAGUCAACAACCAGUUUAACCAAGCUUGAUCCACGGGGGCGCUCUGGUUCAGUCACAAGCUCAGAAUUAAAGACUAGCUCAGCUCUAGAUUUAACAAAUAGAGGAGCUUUUGAUCAGGUACUGGAGCAAGUGUUACAAGAGCUAGAGAAGCUUUGUAUUGUGGAACAAGAUUUUUGUUUCAAGUUUUUUCACUUGAUAGACAAAAAUGCUCCAGCAGAGGAAGGCAAUGCCAAGGACAAGGAUGUAUCCACUGGGGGAGGAGAUGGUGACACUGAUGUCUGGGUCGUCAGGCAAAAUAACUCUUCUUCAGACGGAGAUUUUGUAACAGAGAAUCUAGGUGGAGGGCUCUUACAAAAGAGGCCCACUGUUACUUCAGAAAUGCGACAGAUCAAUGAUGAAGUCAGAAAAAUGAUGGCUGAGCUGUUCCCUCAGUUAGAGACAGAUUUAGAUAACUUCUUAACACAUGCUGACAGACAAGAUGGUUUGUACUCCAUGUACAUGCUGGUAAGAAUGAGUCAACACGUCACAAACAGUCAAGAUAUGGGCUCCUACAUCGGAAAAACAUUUGGCAAUUGUUUGAUUAAAGUGAAAAGAAAUUUUGAUAGAUAUAUUGAUUCAAUGAUGCAGACAAUUAAAGAAACAAAAGUCUCUAAGAAAAGUAAAUGUGGCAUCAUUAGCUUUGUCAAUCAUUUUGAGGAGUUCACCACUUUGGCAGAGAUCAUCUUCAGGGGAUCUGAGCGGCAUGCUGAUUUAGACAAAGCCUACACUAAAGUAGUUGCUGUGAUAUUUGAUCAAAUAGAGCGAGUGGCUUUGGAGCAUCAGAAGACUCCACCAGAGGUCGUACGCAUGGAAAAUUUCCACAAAAUGUUUUCCAUACUUUCUCAUUUAAAAAAUCCAUGUCUUGAAAAUGAUCGUAAAGAAGCCAAACAGAGGUACACAGACAACUUGAAGGCUUACACAGUGAACUUGUUGGGAAGACCUUUAGAGAAACUCCAUGUUUUUUUUGAAGGUGUGGAGGCCAGAUUAAGCAAAGGAAUGAAGCCUGAAGAGAUUGGAUAUGUUGUAGACUUCAGUAAACAAGAAUUGAGAAAAAUUAUUAAAGAAUAUCCUGGCAAAGAGGUGAAGAAGAACUUGGAACACUUGAAGAAAAAAGUGGAGAAAAAACUUUGUGAAGAAGAAAAUCUGAUUCAGGUUGUGUGGCAUGAAAUGCAGGACUUGUUCAUCAAUCAGUACAAAUACUAUGACAGUUUGAUGAAGAAAUGUUACCCAGACUCGAACAUCACCCUAGAAUUCACCAUUGAAAAUGUCCUCCAGUUUUUCUCUGACAUAGCGCAGUCUCACUGAUGUGUUCACUUUCUGUAAAGUCUCUUUAGUCAUUCCAUUCAAGACAUUUCAAACGACUUUAACUUUAGUUACUUCUAAAAAUAGGACUUCUAAAAAUAGGAAUCCUUCACUUAUGUAAAGCUUCAGCUGGUAAAAUAAGAAAGAAAUGUUUACAAAAAACAAAAAAAAAAGCUAAAAAGAUUUUGACUAAAAUAAUGAAAGCUGUCUGUGCUGAUGACACUGCUCAAUGGAAAUGUUAGGACAAAAGAACUUGGGUCCAGGACACAUCAGUCUCAUAAUGAACUGCUAAGAGCCAAACUUAGCUUUAGUAAACUUACCAUUAUAUUUUUUUUUAAUGAUGUUUUUGUGAGCAACAUGAAAUCACUUGAAAACACUUGUACUGUUCCAUUCAGUGUGAUUCUCAGAACCAUCAUCACAAAUGAUCUCCCAUGUUUUAAACAUAGCCUGACUGUAGGAAAUCAAAAGAGUCAUUAGGCCUACUUGAUAGACAUCAUCAGCAUUUCACUUCCUAAAUGACACGUAGUCUCCAAGUUAUUGUAAUCAGAAAAUACAAGAACUGUUCAAUGCAUUGCUUAUGUGUGUAUUUCCUUCAAACGUCUAUAACUUCAGUAGGACUGCUUGAAGACUUGUUUCCAGAUCAACACAAUGUACUGUUGUAUUGCUUCCUGCAUGCCCUGCUCUUUUUUUUUUUUUUUGUGUUAAAUGUUAUUUAUAUGUACAUGUAAGCUAUAUGUAAAUACUCAUAGCGUCACAAAAUAAUUCUAGUUCAAUGUAUUUAUUGUGCAAUAUAUUUUUUGUUCAAAUAAUGUACCAGUAUCCUAAUCAUUUUUUUUUUCACAUUAAAUUUCUAAAGGCAUGGUAGGAAUAAUUAUAAAUUAGGUCAGCGUAAAAUUUUGUUAAACUUUUGACUUGCAAUGUCAACCAUGUUUCCAGAUGUUGUAGUGAUAUUCCAAUUUUGUGAUGAAAUAUUUACCAUGAAAUAUCUUGAGAACUUUCAAGUUUUGUUUUUGUAUGUUCCUAUUUGUGCUGCGCAUUCACAAUAUUAGUUAUAUUGAAAAUAAAAAUUGUGUUUUAUCUA